AUGGACGACAAGAAGAAGUUCGGCCGCAAGGGCAAGGUCUACGUGAGCUCGGUCAUUGAGGGACCGAUCGAAGCGGUGUGGGGUCGCACCGCCCGCUUCGCCGACGGCUCGUGGAUGCCGGGCGUCUCCGCCAGCGGCUACCUUGUUAAUCGGUGGACCGUGGAUGAAGAGGAGGGGGUGCCCAAGGAGGACAACUCUGUGGGCAAGAACCGGUUCCUGUCCUUCGGCGACCUGCAAGUCGUUGAGACUCUCACCGGCUACUCCUCCACGGAGCACUUCUACAGCUACGCCCUGGUGAAGAAGGACGAGGGGCUCUUCCCGGGUGACUUCAUCAACUACCACGCGCGCAUGUCGUUCAAGCGUGUGACCGACAAGAACGCCACCUUUGCCGAAUGGAGCGCCGAGUUCGAUGGCGAAGAGUCCACCGUGGAAGCUGUGGAGCAGUUCGUCGCGCGGCAGGUGUUCGGUGGCAGCUUCAACAACCUCAAGCUCACCUUCAACUCCGCCGUGCACUAG